GGGACACAGACGCUUCCGGACCAGCAGGGGGCGCUGGAUAAAUGAGUUCCCAGCUGGCCGGAGCUCCAUGAAGACAUUUAUCUGCUGCAGCUGGGCUCCGUGGUGCUGAAGGGACGGCUCCUCUGCUCUCCCACAUCUGCAGAAAUGUUCACCCGUAUGUUAAAGCUGCGGCUCCUCAACACUGUUGCUCCUGCCUACUUCUUCAUGGCCACGGCCGCCACCUUCGUGCUCUACUUCCGCCUCUUCAUCCCAACCAUCUUCCCCAAUCCAGACACGUCCCUGAGGAGUUYCACGACCCUCCACACGGCCGCCUUCCUUUUCCUGAUGUUCAACGCGUUGGGGAAUUACGUAAUGACCAUCAAAUACCCCGCUGAAAGUGCCAACGAGACGGCGGUUCCGGUGUGCUCGCCCCACUGCUCGGACAAAGUGGACGCUCACUACCUCCUGAACGGCCGUCACUUCUGCAAACUGUGCAAGAAGGUUAUCCUCAAGAGGGACCACCACUGUUUCUUCACGGGGAACUGCAUCGGCAACAAGAACAUGCGCUACUUCAUCAUGUUCUGUGUCUACACGUCGUGCACGUGCCUGUACUCGCUGGUUCUGGGCGUGGCCUUCCUGACAGUGGAGUACUCAGUCUCCUUCGAGAACCCGCUGACCUUUCUGACCCUGCUCCCCCUCUCCACUGCUUACUUCUUCACGGGAACCAUCUCGGGCCUGCAGCUCUUCCUGGUGCUGAUGCUGUACGUGUGGCUGGGCAUCGGCCUGGUGAGCGCAGGUUUCUGCUGCCAGCAGGUGCUGCUUGUGGCCCGGGGACAGACCUGGUGUCAGAUGCAGAGGGGAGAGCUUUUGGAGAAUCGCAGCCCCUGGAGAGCCAACCUGAAGGAUAUUUUUGGCACCCGCUGGAUUCUCGGCCUUGUUUUGCCUGUGCAGACAGUGGAGACRUACUCUGAAGACACAGAUGCGCACAAACAAGACUGAGCGGGUUUAAGAAGCAAAAGCUGUAGGCUCAAACAUCAGAAAAGUUUUUUUUUAAUCCAUGUGAUUGGUUUUGAGGUCUACAUGGAUAAAGGGGACAUAUCAUGCAAAAUCCAUGUUUUUAGCCUUUAAAUACAUUUYGUUGUGUACUUAGAGUCUCUAGAAGUGCAGAAAAUUUUUAUUUAGUCGCUGCGUAGAUAUCUUUAUAUUCUGUUUGGGUCGUAUUUUUCAACUCAUUCAGUUUUCUCUUUUUUCCGAACUAUUACAUCACACUAUUUACGACAGAACUGCCRAAUAAGGUCUGGACUUACCAACYACARUUUGACGGUCUUCAUUCUCCUCUGGYUCUGGGUCAGACUCUGGCUCCAACAUGGAAGGCUGGAUGGACAAGUCUUCCGUUGUCGACAUGUUUUAAUUAAUGUGUAACUAAAAUGUUUCUGCGYCGCUAUAUAGUCAUAUCUCUACUAUCAAACUAGRAUGAACCGCUCAGGAAGCUGGAGGGGAYUUAAAGAGACAGCAUCAAAACGAGUUGAUCUGCGACACACCYCAGAAAAGGGAUGRAAGUUACAAUAAGGAGGAAUUUAGACCAAAUCAUUGCAGUWACAAUUUAUAUAGACCUCAACUGGAUGAUUUAAAUGUGCAAAAUGGAUUUAAAAGCAUGUGUCUCAUUUAAAGUUGUCUAUUAAAAUAAAUAGUUGUUACAGACACACCUUUUUAGGACAAGAGCCAUACAAGACAAAAUAGGUGCAUAGUAAUACUGUAUACAUUUAUAUUAUUAAGUGUUUUCAUAUUUUCAAAGCGGUUUAAUGAGUCAGGAAGAACAUUUGAUUUUCUAGUUAAUAAUUUCUUAUUAAGUCUAAAAGAUAGCUUUGCAUGCCUUCAAAGCUUUGUAUUAUUGACAGCCAUGUGGCGCUCUUAGAUUAUUAUAUACUGCCAGAUUUGACAGUUUGCUUUUUCAUGUCGAGUCUGGUGACAUUUUCUACUCAAACUGAUGCGACUGAUACUUUAAUGAGAACACAGUUGUGUUAUUCUUUGUAACAAAAGGAAGAAAAUAUGAAUCAUAUUAUCCAGGGUAUUAUUCACAAUGUGCCAUAAGGUUAUGCUUCUAKAAGUAUUAUUUAUUCUGCUGAUGAUGAGACGUGAUCAGACUUCCUGUCUGAGGUGAUUUAAGCAUCUAGGAUACUUUUUGGAGCUGAUUUUGUUUCAAUAAAAGAUUUAAAAAAGGACACAAAGCUGCUACUUUUCAUCUUUAAUAAUGACAUUCUUCUAGAAAAGUGACAAGAAAAGGAUUUCAACAGUUUGAUAGACAAAAAGAAAAA